AUGGCAUCUUCAUCAAGAUCUUGUUCUUCAUCCGAGAACAGGAACACGAUAACCCUAACGAGCUCAGAUGGAUUGACCUUCGAAAUCGAAGAAAACGUGGCAGUGCAAAUCAAAACACUCCGUAUGUAUUUAAAAGAUCUGCCUGUCAACCAAAGAAAGUUUUUGGUGCCGACAGUAACCGGAGAUGUACUAGCGAAAGUUAUCGUCUACUGUAAAAAGCAUGCGGAAAACCCUAAUAGGGAUAACCCUAAUUAUAUUCAAGAACUCAAGAUUUGGGAUAAAAAAUUUGUAAACGAAAAUGAUCAGUAUGCACUUUAUGAUUUAGCAAACGCUGCAAAAGAUUUGAAAGUUAAGCCAUUGAUUGAUUUGACUUACGAUACUGUACCAAACAUGUAUGAGCUACCCCUUAGAAGCAUAAGGGGAAUUCUACCAAAGAGAUAUGAUAUAGAGUUCAAGAAAAUUGUGGCCUUCAAUGCUUCUCUUAACUCUAACGAUGUGCCUAACAAUGUUGAAGAGGCUAUCAGAGAUCCUAAGUGGAAAAAGGCAAUGGAGAAGGAAAUGUUUGCUUUUGAUAAAAAUGAAACAUAG